GUUAAUGUUAAUGCAUGCACACAUGUGUGCACUAAAUACAUAUACAUACACUGUUAAGUUUUGUAUCAGGGCGUCAAAUAAUUUUACUGUAAAUAAAACUUUCAAUCUUUAUGGUAUAUCAUUAUAAAAAAUAAUCAUCUUGAAACAAUGAUAUAAUUGUUUAUGAUCAUAUAUAUAUUAUAUUCUGAUAAUUUCUAAAAGAAUUAUGAGCAUAAUUCAUUGACAUCAUUACUCGCUCAUGCCGAUUUAUUAGUGUUAUCUUAUAUGUUGUUGAGUGAGUGAAAGACACACAGUUUUUAUACUAUUUAACAUGUUUUUUACCACAUACUGUGGCAAAACGAUCCCGUGAAUAAUGUCAACUGGUUUGUACAUCGUUCGCCUUGAUUAGAAUUACAUUUACGCGUUAAUAUGUCGCUAUAAAGAAUAAUGAAAAGAGUUGCAAGAAAGAAAAAGUUGUUUAAAAAAUUUCGUCUCGACUGGGGCGAAUUAUAUUUUUCUUAAUGGUUCGUCGGAUCUAAUGUGCAAAAAUAUUAACGAUCGUUGACCAUUUUUCGUUUUGUUAAAAAAAAAAACACCUGUGAAAGCCUUAUCAGAGAUAGUGCAACGGAUCAUGAAUGUGGUCAGCAUAGCAGAGAGGUGGUGUCGGGAAGGUGGUUGACACGCCUUCGUAUCUUUGAAAUGAUUGAAAGUGUAUCACGUAGAGCGUUGAGUGGCUCCAGUGGGAGCUACCACGUUCGUGGUGCUGAAUUAGCAAGGAAUCGUAGAUUGAAAUCUCUUUCUGCUACUGUUGUCUUUCUUGAUGACACGCAACAUACGUUUCAACUAGAUAAAAGAGCAAAAGGUCAAACAUUAUUAGAUUUAGUAUUCCAACAUUUAGAACUUGUUGAAAAAGAUUAUUUUGGUUUGCAAUAUGCUGAAAAUGGAGCCACAACAUGUACAUAUUCUCCAGAUGUAAUGAGAUGGUUAGAUCCUAGUAAACCAGUGAAGAAGCAGAUAAGAAGUAAGGGUGGACAAUUCUAUUUCAGAGUGAAAUUUUAUGUAUCUGAUCCUAGUAAACUACAAGAAGAAUAUACUAGAUAUCAGUUUUAUUUACAAAUUAGGAGAGAUAUUCUUCAAGGAAAACUUCAAUUAUCGCCAAGUACAGCAUGCCUUAUUGCUAGUUAUACUGUUCAAUCUGAGUUGGGUGAUUAUCAUCCUGAAGAACAUGGACCAGGAUAUCUUUCUAGAUUGCAAUUGAUACCAGGUCAAACUGAAGAAAUGGAAAAGAAAAUAGCUGAGCUGCAUAAACUUCAUAAGGGUCAGUUACCAGCAGAUGCAGAAUUCAAUUUUCUAGACCAUGCAAAAAGGCUAGAUAUGUAUGGAGUAGAAUUACAUAAAGCUAGGGAUUCAACAAAUAAAGAGAUACAAUUAGGUGUAACAUCUAUAGGUUUAGUAGUGUUUCAAAAUGGAAUAAAAAUUAACGUGUUCUCAUGGUCAAAAAUAGUUAAAAUAUCAUUUAAGCGGAAACAAUUUUUCAUUCAACUGAGAAGGGAACAGUCAGAGAACUAUGAUACUCUCCUUGGCUUCAACAUGCAAACAUAUCGAAGUUCGAAAAAUUUAUGGAAAGCGUGUGUAGAGCACCAUACAUUUUUCCGACUUCACAGUCCUAAAACGAGGCCAAGGCGGUUUCCACUUACUUUAAGCAGUAGGUUUACAUAUUCAGGACGUACAGAAUUUCAAACAGUUGAGGAUGGGAAGCAUAGGGCAAGAGUAGAAAGAACAUUUAUACGAUCUCCAAGUAAAAGAUUAGUACAUGGAGUAACAUCAGCUCCAAUUAUCGAAGAGAAAGGAAAAUUAUCUAUGCCCCCUGGAAGACCGCCUAGACCAUAUGAUAAUAAAGUACAGUCUCUUGGUGCUCGUGAACCUCGUCGAGCAUGGGGUGAAGGAAAUCCUAGUGAUGAUGAAGGUGGAUUUUUGUCCCUCCGUGAAGAAAUAACAAGCUCGCAUACACAAGGCAAUGCAUUUUCGCCUGUAUUAGGUUCUAGAGUUUUAAGUUAUGCUGAUGAUGAUACAACUGCUGAAAGGAACAUUUAUGAUCUUCCUGAUUAUAGUGAACCUACAAGUUCUCCUGCUCCUCAGAUAGUAGAAGAUGGAUUAGUUACAAUAUCUUUGACACCAGAUGAACAAGGUCGGUUUGGAUUUAAUGUGAAAGGUGGUUUAGAUCUUGAUAUGCCUAUUUUAGUAUCGAGGGUAGCUCCAAAUACUCCUGCUGAUCGCUGUUAUCCGAAAUUAAAUGAAGGGGAUCAGGUAGUGUAUAUAAAUGGAAUCGAUGUUAGUGGAUUGUUACAUGAACAUGUAGUAAAUCUAAUUCGUCAAUCUCGUGAUUCGGGCUCUGGUGAACUAACCUUAACUGUCCGACCGAAUGCUUUAUAUAAUGCACUAGCUGGUACUGAUGAAACAUCUGAAGAAGAACCUCCAUAUAGGUACGUUCCGGAUGCACCUCAUGCAGCUAUUGGAUCAGACGCAUUAGCACAGUCGAUGUUGCUUCUUGCAGAUGGUCUUGCAAGCGGUGCUUUAAUCGCGCAGUAUGAACAGCUAUAUAGAAAGAAUCCUGAACUUACAUCUCUUGAAUCAAAAAAACCUGAAAAUCAGAGUAAAAAUCGUUAUCGAGAUAUUUCACCUUAUGAUGUUACUCGAGUGAUACUUAUGGGCUCUGCAAGUGGAGAUUAUAUCAAUGCUAACUAUGUAAAUAUGGAAAUACCAGGAUCUGGUAUUAUCAACAGAUAUAUAGCUACUCAAGGACCUUUGUCUUCGACUGUCGCUGAUUUUUGGCAGAUGGUUCUCGAAGCGGGCAGUACCCUUGUUGUAAUGCUCACAACUUUGGUCGAACGUGGCCGAGCAAAAUGCCAUCAAUACUGGCCUGCGCUCAAUGAAACUCUUACGUUACGAAAUCUCACUCUCACGUCUACAGCUGAAAAUGUUGAAGAUACUUUUAUAUUUAGAGAAUUCAUACUCCGUGAUAUUAAUACUGGAGAAGAAAGAGAUAUAACACACAUGCAAUAUUGUAGUUGGCCAGAUCAUGGAGUUCCUAGCGAUUGGAGACAAUUCACAACGUUUACUGAAAGGGUGCGGGCAGCUCGAACGGGAAUAGUGGAACCCGCAGUUGUUCAUUGUUCUGCAGGAAUUGGUAGAACAGGUGUCUUAGUCUUAAUGGAAACAGCACUGUGUCUUAUCGAAGCGAAUCAACCGGUGUAUCCAUUAGACAUCGUACGAUCUAUGAGAGAUCAAAGAGCAAUGAUGAUACAAAAUGCUAGUCAAUAUAGAUUCGUAUGCGAGGCGGUCCAUAAAGCUUACAGUGAAGGAAUAGCUAAGCCACUUCCUGAAUUCAGUAGGUGAAAACAACACAAAUUUGGAAUGCAUUGUAAUUAUCAUUCUUCUUACAUUUUAUCGAAAUAUCACAUCACUAGAAGAUAAUUUUAUACUCUGACAAUAAUAUACACAUAUAUUAUUCAUUAAUAGGAGAGAUAUACACUGUUUCAAAUAAGUAUUUUCUAUCCGUUAUGAAUAUAUUUUUUAUCUAGAAAUUUAAUUACUUGAAAGAUAUAACUUUUCACGCCUUAGAGCUUACCCCCCUUUUUAAUUUAUGUACCAAUAUUUUGUAAAUAAUGAAAUUUCGAUAAAAUUAAGUUCACUAAAUUAUGUUUAAGCUAAAGUAUAAAUCUCGAAGCAUUAUUUGGAAUAAUUGUCCAUUAUGGCUUACCUCUGUCAUCAUUAUUACUACUACCAAUCUUUAUUUCUAUAUGUUAACACUAAACCUACCGACACUUUGUGUAUACCUAUUCCUACCAUGUGCGGUCAAAAUAGCCGGUGAUUAAACAAGUAAUAGUUUUCAUGAUUAAAUUUAGAUAACGGUUAAUUUAUAAUUAAAUGUAUAUAAAAUGAUGAACUUUCAUAAAAUUUCGUCCAAAUUUACUUUUGUUUAAUUUCAAUUAUAGACUUAAAUAGAAUAACACUUUUAUUUAUAUAGAGAUAUAUCUUAUUCAACUUCGCUGCAUUUUUUACCAAUUAUCUUAUUAUCAAAUGUACAUUUGCCACAUAAAUAUUUCCCGCAUCUUAAACGAAUUUUCGUAAUUUUGUAACCUUUACAAUUUUUUACUUGACAAGUUUUUUGUAGUAAUGAAUUUGAACUUGUUGAUAGUUUUAUUGCAUAGAUUUUUCCCGCGAUUCUUUAUAUAAAAGUAAUGUAUGCACCAGGUUUAUAAUAAUUUUGUGAAUUCUCUGUAAAUUGGUUCCAUACUGUAGAUAACAUUGCAAAUUUAUUGGUUCGUAAACGUUGGCUUCUUUCGCUCUUUUUAUCAGAUUGUAUAAACCUCAUAAUUUCAGCAAAGUCAUUCCUGUUCAUUGUUUUUGAAAAAAAUGCACGUCUCCAAAUUUUAUUUCACAAAUAUGAGACAUCUAAAUUUGUUGUCUGAUAUGCACCGCGGGCAUAUAGCAGAGCAAUAAAUGCAUCUAGUUUUGCUGCAUCUAGCUCCCUUUUAGUUCCCAAUGCUCUAAAUGCUUCUUUUUCCGUACAUUUUAUUAUAUGAUCCCUUAUACGGUGAUCAAUGAUAAGAUAAAAUGCCGUCUUUACUUGUCUUUUCAUUAUAUGUCGGUUAGCAUAUCCCUAAAAAUAUUAUGAACUGAAGUCCUGCCAGAUUUGGGACUUGCAUCUAUUUCUUUCCAAACUGUUCCAUCGGGCCUAGUCUCACUCUCUGCUGUCAACGAUCAUUUCUUUUCUUUUUGCCAUUACGUAAACGUUUAUUUAUAAUAUUCAACUCUGAUUCGAUUGUAAAUAGCUUUUCAUGUGUUUCCAUGCCGUUUUCUUCUAUGUCCGUUAUUUUUUUAAUAAUUUUUUUUUAAGUCUUAACAUUUCUAGGGUAAAUAUUUAUCACAGAAUAAUACCAUGUACGGAAUACAAAAUUAUUGUCAAAUUUGAUAUACUUUACUUUUCCUUUUAUAAUAACUUUACACAAAACGCUCUGAGAUGCUUUCUGUCUUAGUUUUAGAGAUAACAAGUUUAGAUGUCGACUAAUUGGCUAACAAACUGAGAUGUAUUCUAGUCGAUAGGACAAUAGCAAGUAAGAAUAUGGUUUGUGACGGCGAUAUUUAUACGAAAAUAUUGAUGAGUAUUGACAGUUUUCCACACCAACGGUUACUCGAAGGUGGAGUUGGCAAAGCUUUUCCCGCGGUUUAUCGCAAUGAGCAAUAACCCUAAGAAACUUCUCGACUUUUAAAAUGUUUGUAACAGUGGACUGUAAAAAAUGCUAAAUUUUGUUUCUUAGAAUUAUUAUGGGCUUGAGUAGAUAUGUCUUAACAGCUGAUGGCUAUCUUGAUCGAAGGAUGGAUUAUGUUUUAUAUUUAAGAUUAUGGGUAUGGCUGUUAUUAUUUGUUAUUACCGAUUUUGUUUAUUAUUUGACCUUGAGAUAGCCUUUUCUUUGUACUGAUUGCAUUUAUUUUAAGAAUAACUAAAAUACUUUAUCGGGCGGUCAAAAUGACAGCUCACAGUAGGCGAGGCAGAGUACAAAUUUUUCUCAGAAAAUAAAAGAGCAAACUAAAAGUAAAUACUGAAAAAUAUAUUGUAUGCGUGUUUUAGAAAAAGUCAGAAAUUAUGAAGCGAUAUGAUAAAGUUUAAAUAUGGUUAAAUUUGUGUAGAAGUUCGAGAGUGGUCAAUUUGACCGCUGCUGGUAGGUUUAGUGUUAAAUAAAGGCGAAGGUAUGGAAAGUUAAAUUUCAAUUAAUACUGCUAAUAUACUACGAAAACUACGAAAACUACGAAAAUGAAGUUUUUUCGUUACGCACGAUUAAUAUCUUGUUUAAUUUUAUAGACUUAAAUUUUUUAAAUUAUUGCUCAUAUAGUAAACUAAUAGCAGAGAUAUCUUUAUAAAAUAAAAUUAACAUAACGAAUUAAAGUCUAUAAAUGUUAUCGGUAUAUUAGCAGAAAAUUUAGAAAUACAUGGGGUGCCAAUAUAAAAAAAUUGCCUUGAAAAAAAACCAUAAACCAUUAAAAAUAUUGAGAAAUAUCGAAUGUGUAAUCAAUCCAAGUGAGCUACAGAAUGUGAUUGCAUAAAGUAAAGCUGCAAAGCAAUUUACAAAUCAUUGAAUAUUUUGAACAAUUUUCUGAUAAGAAAACGUACAGAUACUACUAUUUAUUUAUUUUAAUAUACUGAAAAUAAUAGCAUAUUUAAAUUGACAAGAAAAUGUUGUCUUCUGGCAAUUUAUCAUUAUUUUAAUCAUUAAUUAGAAAUAUUUAUUUUAUAACGACUAACGUCUAAUGCCAUUUAUAUCAUGUAUAGUCUAGUUUGUAUUUAAAAGAAUAGCGCAUGCUACUUGAAGUAUAAAAAUCCAUUUGCUCGUCUUACGAGUAUGAGAAAUAUGUAAAUUCAAAUUUGUACGAUAAAGAAAUACAAUAAUAUCCUAAUGUUAAGUAAGCUUAUCUUAAAAUACAAUUGAGAACUGCAGAGAGUUUAAUGUUCUCGCUUUAGCAGCUAAUUUAAUAUAAUUCGAUAUGAAACAAAAGAUAAAUCAAACAAAGUAAUAUAUAAUAUACUGAAAAAUAUUUCGUCCCAAAUAUAAUCUCAUUCAGAACUUUCAAUACUCUUUGAAUUUUCUAAUAAUACUAACAAAAAUGUACUAUUUUUUAUAACCGUAUCAUGUGUUCUACUUUCCGCCCAUUUUUAUAAUGUUAAAAUACUUUUAUGUUUUAUAUAUAUAUAUAUAUAUAUAUAUAUAACGUACAUUAAUGAAAUUAUUUUUUAUGCACAAAAGCAUGACCUUUAACUGACCUAAGUAAAACCAUAUAAUAAAUUAUAAGUUAAUAAUUAAUUGUAUGUACAAUCAUAAAGCAGUAUAUGCACAAAAAGAACAAGGUCAUAAAAAUUAAGUAAAAGGUCCUAUUUACAUUAUAUAUUAUAUAAUGUUGUAUAUUCGGUAUAAAAUAUUUGUAUAGAUACAAAAUAGAUUGAAUUUAAUGAUACAAAGCAUUAAUUGUUUAUGUGUACAGCAAAACAUUAUACAUAUUAAGAACAGAUUACCGUAAUAUGUAUAUUAUAUUAUUUGCUGUAUUUUCUUUUUUUUUUUUUUUUGUUCAUUUUGUUGAUGUACCUUUCUCCAAAAUUACCUGUGAUCAGGAUUGAGUACUAGCUGUAGUUGAAAUGUAUGUUCUCAUUUUUUUAAUUUAUACAAUAGGCUAAUUAAAUGAGGCUAUUGAUUAGCAUAAAACAUAACAUUGCUUUAUAAGCAAAGCUGGCUUGCAAAGGAUCAUACUUUGAUUAAGAAUUGGGUGAAUCUGUUACGAAUAUGAUAAUAGUAAACACAGCAUUGAAACCAUAAUAUCAUUUUAAUAUUUUUUGAAUUAAUAAUAAUGAUUAUCUGUAUUAUUAACAAUAGUGCCUUGUAUAUGUGCAUCCAAACCAUACUUAUAAAGCAGGAAUGGAUAUUAUUAAUGAUUAUUAUAUUACAACAGCUUCACUCGAUAAAUUUUCAUGUUAAUUCCAUUUUAAAUUAGUAAUAUUACUGUUUCUUUGUAACGUGUAUAUUUCUUUGUAUAAUUGUCCAUAAUUUUUUUUAUAAUUUAUCUGUCGUUAAUUAUGUAAAUAUAUUUCCGUUUUAAUCAACUUCUGUUUCAUAAAUCAUGACUUCAUAUAAAUUGCUAAUUAUUUAUUUUGUAGUUAUCAUUAUGUUAAUAAAAUAAUACUACAAUUAAUGGUAAUUAUAAGCUGUUCAUACAGGUGUUAAAGUGCUAUAUGAUUUUGACUGCAAUUUAAGUCAGUAUAAAAAAUAAAAUAUAAAUAUUAAACGUAAAUUAAUUGAACAACAUUUUUGUUAUUAAGUUACAGUAUCCUUGUACUAUCAAAUAUUACUGUAUUUGGAAAAAUAGAGAAACAUGUAAGAUAAUAUAGAAAAAUUAGAGUAAACUGUAAGCUGUAUUGAAAAAGUUUAGAAAUAAUAUUUUAGAAUUAAUUUUUACUAGAUAGAUAAAAAAUACGAAUAGAAAAAAUCCUGAUGCGUUUCUUUGUGUUACUUGAUAUGUAGAUGAAACAUCAACAUACUUCGUAUAAAAAUAAUUAUUGUACGUAUAAAUGCAUUUUUAGUGAAUACUUCACAUAAAUGCUGUUUAGUAUUCACUUGACUUAUUGAUUAAAAAGUAAUACUUCCUAGUAUUUAUAUAAGAACAGUACAAAGAAUAUUAAGUAGCUAAUUAAAGUGUUUGGGAGCUAUAUGCGUCGAAAUUUAUCUACGUACGUGCCAAAUCAUAACACAUCAAACAAAUAUUAAUUAUGGACAAAGUGCCACAAAUUUUCAUAAUUCAGUCAGUAGUUGUCUAGUCUGAUUACUAAUUUGUAUUUUUAAAAUAUAAAAUAAAAACAUUUUGUAAUUCAUCA